AUGGCGGAAUCAGCGGGAGCAACGACCUUCGAAUCAUCCGGGUCACUCGUCCUCGAAAAUAUGAAGAACCUCUUUCUGACUGGCAAAUACGCAGAUAUGAAGGUCACUUGUCAGGGAUUUACAUUCAACGUCCACCGUGCAAUCUUGUGUUCCCAAUCCACCUUCUUCGACGCCACGGUCAACAGAAACUUCAAGACAGUAGACCUACCAGAAGACGACCUCGAAACUAUCGAACGCGUAUUAUCCUUCCUUUACUUCAAUUACUACGACGAGCUCAACCACGUGAUGGACUUGCAUACCCAAUUGAUCAGUCUGAGGCUGCGCAACCUGGCCAGGAAUAUGGGAAGGAUUGUAUUUGAAAAGCCAGGAAGUGGGCUCCAUCCUCCAGGAACAAUUGAACCAUACAUUCACAUACAAGUCUACGCCGCAGCGAACAAAUACGGAAUACCUACGUUGAAAGACUCAGCAGCCGAGCGUCUUGACUAUUGGUUCGACAAGGUGAGCCAGGGUGUGACGCCCGAGAUACUCACCUAUGCCUUCAGCAUACUCCCCGCGGAUGACUCGCAACUCCGAUACAUCCUCAUUAAUUACAUCACCAAGUAUCUGGGUACGUUGGUUGAGAAAGAGGGGUUCUCUGGCUUUCUAGAAGCGUACCCAAGUAUCGCGCCCGCUGUUUUUGUUCGACUGAAACGAGAGCAAAAACUUUGA